CCUUUGUUAAUAGGAUAUAAAGUUCCUUCAAAUAGAGUUUCAAUAUUAGUCGAUGUAGAGGAGGUUUUGCAAUUUUUCAUCAAAACUUUCUUAAAUGAUGGCAAAUUUAAUUAUGUUUUUGACUCACUAUUGCAGAUAUUAGGUAAUCAGUUUUAUAAUUUUAGAGCGGUAUGUGAUUUGACAUCAUUAUUUAUUUGUAAUUUCGAUUUCGAAAAGUUUCCC